AUGGCCCCGGGAGUGCAAUUGGACUCAACGCCGCUCCGGAACGUGGAGUUGCCCCCUGUUGCGCGAUCUGAACCGGUCCUUCAGCCCGGCUUCCAGCACUUGGACUUGGUCAUUGCGCAUUGCCACAAGUCCCUGCGAUGGAUCGAAAGCUUCCUAGCUUCGAGGCAACUCUCCAACGUGACCAUCUUCAGUAAAUGCAAUCGCUCCGUUGAUGGUGCCCCUGCUAACGCUCGGAUCGUUCCUCUGCAGAACGUCGGCCGCUGCGACCACACUUACGCACACUGGCUGGCAGAGCAGGGGCACCGAGUACCGGCCGACCGACAACCCAAUGACCUCAUCCUCUUCUUGAAGGACAACAACAACAAGUACCGAUCCAACGUGGAUGUCGCCAUCCCUCUCGAUGACAUGAUCCAAACAGCAACUGCCGGACCUCGCUUCGCGUGCGGACGUCGGGUCGAGCAGUAUGAUGGUCGACAAGCCGGGGUGUAUCACUUGAAGGAGGCCAUGGGUCACUUCACGCUGAAGCAAUAUGCCGGGCAUUCGCACAAGCCGCAGAGCCGUGAAGGACAGACUUUUCGAUCUGGAUACGCAUCGAUGGUGAGCUGGAUGGAGGCCAUGGACAUCAACAGCUUCUUGGAGAAUCAGACAGUUGUGCCUGUGUGCUAUGGCGGUGUAUUUCUGACCACGUACUCGCAGAUCGCCAGCCCACCUCCAGGUGUUUGGAAGCGGCUUGAAGAGUCCCUGUCGCGCGAUGAUAACAUUGAGGAAGGACAUUAUGCCGAAAGGUCCUGGGCAGCCCUGCUGUCUAUGCCACUGACAUUGCAGCAAGAACUGGAUGCCCUGCGCCGCGCACAUUUAGUUGAAGACAAGUCCUGGUUCAGGGGCAUGAUCUUGGGUCCGCUGAUUGAAACAACCGCCCCACUUCCAGAAGCGAAGCCUUCUGACGCUCCUUUGGCCACGUGA